GCCAGGGGGCCCCUCGCGCGGCACGGACCGGAGCCAUGGAGCGGGGCAGAGCCGCCACGGCUGCGGGACCCGUCGUCCCGGCCAUCGUCGCCCUCCUGUGCACUGUGGCCUGGACUGCCGACACUUGUCCAGAGGUGAAGGUGCUGGGUCUGGAGGACUCCGACAAGCUGACCAUCCUCCGAGGCUGCCCGGGGCUGCCCGGGGACGCGGGGCCCAAGGGAGAGAGAGGAGCUCCUGGUCCGGCUGGACCCCCUGGGAAGGCAGGGCCACCGGGGCCCAAAGGAGAGCCAGGGUCGCCGCAUUCCUGUGACACAGGCCCUCGGACCUGCAAGGAUCUGCUCACGAGAGGGCGCUCUCUGAGCGGCUGGCACACCAUCUACCUGCCUGACUGCCGGCCCCUGACCGUGCUGUGCGACAUGGACACGGAUGGCGGGGGCUGGACCGUUUUCCAGCGAAGGUGCGACGGCUCCGUGGACUUCUUUCGCGACUGGGCCGCGUAUAAGCAGGGCUUCGGCAGCCAGCUGGGCGAGUUCUGGCUGGGAAAUGACAACAUCCACGCCCUGACCGCCCAGGGGACCAGUGAGCUCCGUGUCGACCUCGUGGACUUCGACGGCAACCACAGAUUCGCCAAGUACAGCUCGUUCAAGAUGGCGGGCGAGGCCGACAAGUACAGGCUGGUCCUGGGGACCUUCGUCGACGGCAGCGCAGGCGACUCCCUGUCGUACCACAACAACUACACCUUCUCCACCAAAGACCAGGACAAUGAUUCCAGUCCCCAAAACUGUGCCAGGCAGUACCUGGGAGCUUGGUGGUACCACGAGUGUCACCUGUCUAACCUCAACGGUCACUACCUCGGGGGCCCCCACAACAGCUUUGCCAACGGCAUCAACUGGCACACGGGGAGAGGGUACAACUACAGCUAUAAGGUGUCGGAGAUGAAGGUGCGGCUCGCCUAGCGCAACGCCAGCAGCCCCUCCGGCCGGGACCCCGCGCACACGCACCGUGGCCAGAGGGACGGGCAAGGCAGCACGGGCUCAGGGUCCUCACCCUGCCUCGCGGGGCCUUCUCUGCUUUGUGCCUUUCGGGGACACUGACGCCCGGUGUCCCCUCCGCAGGGGUGAGAGAAAGUGACCCACGGGCUCUCACCUGCCACACAGUUUCUCAAUAAAGACAUUUGCUUCCUCGCUAA